GGUGUCAGUGCUGUGCUAUCUGCACCACCUAGCUCACAUCCCCGCGAUCCAUUGGACAAUGCUGACUUACUGAGUGCUUCCAACGCGACCUCACAGAAUGCAGCAGCAGCUUCGGCGGCAGCAGCCUCCGCUGGACAAACUGUCAACACGACCAUUGAAGCAAAACCGCAACUGAAGAAUCUCAUUGGAGAUGCUACGCGAUUCGUGCCGACUGCGCUUAAAGUGCGCCGGGUUGUGCGUGACCCGAGUGGAAGGGUUGUGACUGUCGGCGGUGGUCCCGGGAUGUCGGCGUCGCUCGGGGUCGGAACUGCGACGAUUCGCUCACAAUGA